UGGAAUAAGCUUAAUGCGUUUGCCAUCAAGAAAAGUUGAACUUGUGGGGAUACCUAGGCUGGCAGAAGGACCUUCAAGCCUUCAAGUUUUCAUUUUCUUGUUCGGCUUUACUCACAGCUCUGCAGCCGUGUGGCUCAGUCGAUUCAGAGCCCACUGGCCUGUGAACGAUGUCCGAGGUUGCAUUUGUGACGACAAGACCUGGCUUGCCAUCGGUUAGACCUGGGCCAUCAGGGAGCAAGCAGGGCAGUCCACAGAGACUCCAGCUGGAGGCGGAGACAACUGGGCCUCGAGGGCUACACCGCAGUGCUGCUGGUGCUGGUGCUGUGAUUGGAGGGGCGCUGGCUCUUCACCGUAAGCGCCCACGGCGACCUAGAGCUUCUCGCCAGGCCUUCGGAAAGUUUCUUUCGAAUGUGCUCCCAUGGCUCGACGACAAGGAGGGCAAAAAGUCUGGCACCACCAGCAACUGGAAAGAAUUGAUUGAACUGAAGGACUUGGGAUCAAGCUCUUUUGACAAGGCUCUUCAAGUGAACUUGGAUCCAACCAUCUAUGGAAGCUUUGCAGAGAUUGGAGCUGGCCAGGAGGUCUCCCGAACCUUUUUGACAGCGGGAGCAGCUGCUGGAACUGUUGCGCGCUCUUUGUCAGCUUAUGACAUGCGGAUCUCUGACGUCGAGUAUGGAGAAGCAAAACGGUAUGUGACCCAGGAGCGCUUAAUGCAGAUGUUGACAAAGGAGUAUGAUACUUUGGAGGCGAGCAUCCGUUCAGCGAAAAACGCAGAGACUCGCUUCUUUGCGCUAGCAACCACGCUGGCGGCCAAGGCCUACAACUCUGAUCGUGAGUGCGAGGGCUGGGUGGGUAUUAACUUUCAGCAUGAGGCAAAAGCAUCUCCCAGCACGGUCCAGCUUCAUGUGCGCAUGUGCGACCAGACUGCCCCGCUUCAGGGAGAGGCCAUUGGCCGACUAGGAACCAACCUCAUUUACUUGUGCAACUUUGCGAAGGAUCCGGUUGUGAUUACCUCUUUGCUGCUGGACGCGAUAGAGGAGGGUCGACUUGAAGUGGACUUUGUGCAGUUUGAUGGUCCUGCCUUCCCCAAGGAGAAAGUUGACUAUCGUUUGCUGGCAAUGAAGAUGGUGGAAUUUAAGCUCGCUCCAUCGGUGCUUUUGCUCUACGAUGCUUCGACUCAAAAGUAUGCUCAUGCAGUCCCAAACAAUGCGUUCUACAAGCGCCCGGUUGUUGUGCAAAGGUCUCGCUUUAAGCCAGUGACUUUUGCGCACAGAGAGGUCAUCCAGGCAGCAGCUAGUAAGCUCAAGAGCGAGCUGGGCCCAGACUCCAAGGAGGUGAUGCAGGACACCAGAAGAGCGCUGGUCGCCUCAGAAACGGAGCCCGAGUCCUUGAGCAUUUUGAGCACCCCCAGGACACAUGCCAAAUCCACCUUCGUCGCACGACUGUUGAAGACGAUGGGGCCUGGCUUAAUGGUGUGCUUUGCUGAUACAGAUGGCUCCUGCCUGAUCACUGCGGCCGACUCGGGUUCAGAAUGGAGGUACAAGUUGUUGCUGCUUCAAGCAAUUCUGGUGCCCAUUUUGUACUUUGCCCAGGAACUCUCUGUGCGCUUGGCUUUGGCGAAGGGCAAGGGCCUUUGUGCGCUGUUGAGAGUUGAGGCUGGUCCCAAAUGGGCUUGGGCGGUUGCAGUGCCACUGCUUGUGGAUUGCAUCCUAGCUCUGAUUUCCGAAUUGACAGUAUUUGGUCAAACUUUGCUGGCCUGUUGGGAGAUCCCGCUUUCGGUCUCAAGCACACUCUUUGCGCUGGCUUUGGUGCUUCUGGCAUUGACAGGCAGCUAUGCCGUGGCAGAGAAGAUGGGCUUGGCCAUGGGUAUUUUACAGGUGUUCUUUUUUGCGACGAUCUUCAUGAACCAUCCAAAUGGCAGAGACAUUUGGGAGGAUUUGUGGUCAUUUCCUCUGACAAAUGGAAACUAUGUGAAGCUCGUCACAGCCAACAUAGGUGCAGUCAUCAU